UCUGUCGCUCUCUUUUAAGUUAGCUUUUCCAAAGUUAACACAUUGAUCGAGAUGUCGGCCCACAAAACGUUCCGGAUCAAGCAGAAGCUUGCCAAAAAGCUGAAGCAAAACAGACCCAUUCCACAGUGGAUCAGAAUGCGCACUGGAAACACUAUCCGGUACAACGCUAAGCGCCGUCACUGGCGUCGCACCAAGCUAAAGCUGUAAGCGACGGUCUCCGGUGGGCAGAAGAACAAUGUUCCGGCAGAUUGUUUUUACAGUUUUCUCUCGUGGUCGGUGUCGUCAGUGUCCGGGAUUCGAUUCCGUUGUUUGUGGAUGCCACGUAUUUCUCAAUUGAGUGAAGUUCGGGAAG